AUGAUCCGAUCGUUUGCUCGCACCUUCUCCGUCUCUGCUAGAAUGGCGCUACAUCCCCCACAAGGCGACAAGCUUAUCUUCGCCCCGGGAGGUUCUGGCGCACAAGGCGCUCAAGCUGCGCAGUUCACCCUGGGCACGCUCUCGCGCGCCGACCUCGACAGCUCCUCGCCCAUCCCGCAGUUCCACAAGUGGUUUUCCGAGGCGCAGGAGACCAUCAGCAGGCAGGGCGCGGGCGCCGCGACCGCCGAGACGUGCACGCUGUCGACGGCGGAGCUGCCAUCGGGCCGGGUGUCCUCCCGCAUGGUGUACCUCAAGGAGCUCGACGCCCACGGCUACGUCAUCUACUCCAACUUUGGCACGUCGAGGAAGGCGGCCGACCUCGACACCAACGCGCACGCCGCGCUGUGCUUCUACUGGUCGGCCCUGCAGCGGCAGGUCCGCGUCGAGGGCGUGGCGUCCCGCCUCUCACGCGAGGAGAGCCAGGCCUACUUUGACACGCGCGCGCGGGGCAGCCGCAUAGGAGCGUGGUCGAGCAGGCAGAGCGCCGUGCUGGUGCCGACGCAGGACGGAAACGGCGAAGGCGGUGGUGACGACGGCCGCGCCCAGCUGGAGGGCUGGGUGGCGGAGACGGAGAAGCGGUUCGAGGCCCAGGAAAAGAUUCCGGUGCCGGACUUUUGGGGCGGACUGCGCAUCGUGCCAACCAAGGUUGAGUUCUGGCAGGGCCGUGACAGCAGAUUGCAUGACCGAUUCGUGUACGAACGAGAAAGCGAAAGUGAGAAAUGGGUACUAAGCAGACUGAGCCCUUAG